AUGGAAGGCACAUAUUCCACCCUUACAGAGGUUAUUUUGGCAGUAUUCCAACACGAGCAAACAUCUCUCUUGUCCUUAGACAAGAUCUGUGAACAAGUUAACAGUCCAGACUUAAGAUUGGAUAACGGUAAGGGAGUUCCAGUUCCCUGCACAAGUAUUUCACGUCGUCGCAUCAGUUCGAUACUCUCAAGCUCAGAAUUCUUCAUCCGAGCUGGCCCCCCAAGGUCAUGUAUUUGGGCAUUACGUCCACAAAAUCCAUUGUUCCUUAGUAACGGAGCAUUAGCCUCAGCAAUUGAACAAACACUAACCGAACACGGUCCACUUCAGACAGAAGAUUUUGUCACCUUAACGGGGUUAAGCGGAUCCAAUGAAUCGGUUUUCUCUCACUUCUUCCUUUCUCAUCCGGAUGAAUAUAGCAUGGACAAGGAUAAUCGCUGGUGGUUCGCUAAUCAACCGCAACCAAUUAGACAACAGUUCGAAAAUGUGGUUGUGGCAAUCGUUCAUGCCCUCCACGCACUUGGCCAAGAAUCAUCAAUAGAAGAAAUCCAUUGGUAUCUCUGCCUUGCAACCACAGACGGUAACAAGAGGAUUUCAAGGAGAAAGAUAUCAAGAGAAUUGUCAAGGAGAACAGAUCUCUUCCAACACAUUUCUCGUGCUAAGUAUUCACUUCUUCAACCACAGCAGAACCAAUUCCCAAGGAAGGUUAUCCCAGAACCAAUCAUUUCUAAGGUUUUUGAACCUGCACCUCUCACGAUGGACUUUCAGUAUGAUUUUCCUCAGUGCGAAACUCCUCCGUGCGUUAAUAACGAUAUUUUCGAUGCCAACGAUUUCUUUGGUCUCAGUUUUUCAUGUAAUUUCGAUUAA